UAUAGGAACAAUUUUGAUUGCUGUCUGCGUAAUUUUUGCUCGGUGGAGACUGCUUAAGCAUAAAGGUAAGUAUAAGAAACUUGGUGUACUGCUAUUUACACAGGAAAAUAUUUACAACUAAACAAUUACUGCCACUAGAUUCUAAAUCAGCACCUAAGGAGAUGAAGAAAGGAAACUCAUUCUUAAAAAGAAGGGAAGCUCAGUUUUCGGAUGAUAGUUUACUUGGAGAGAUCAAUCAAGUAGACUUUCAGGAGCUACCGUUGUUUGAAUUUGAGAUACUUGUAACAGCAACCAACAGCUUUCAACCGAGCAAUAAGCUUGGGCAAGGUGGUUUUGGUCUGGUAUACAAGGGAAAACUGCAAGAUGGACAAGAAAUAGCUGUGAAAAGACUUUCACAGACAUCAGGACAAGGCAUGGAAGAGUUUAUGAAUGAAGUGGUGGUUAUUUCUAAACUACAACACAGGAAUCUUGUUAAACUCCUUGGUUGCUGCAUUGAAGGAGACGAGAAGAUGCUGGUCUAUGAAUACAUGCCAAAUAAAAGUUUAGAUGCUUUUAUUUUCGAUCCACUCAAAGAAGGACUGUUGGAUUGGAGUAAACGAUUUAACAUCAUCCAAGGAAUUAGUAGAGGUGUCCUUUACCUUCAUAGGGAUUCUAGACUUCGAAUCAUACAUCGAGAUUUAAAGGCAAGCAACAUCUUGUUAGACGCAGAAAUGGAUCCUAAAAUUUCUGAUUUUGGAAUGGCUAGGAUCUUUGGAGGGAAUGAAAAUCAAGCUAGCACCAGAAGGGUUGUGGGAACAUAUGGUUAUAUGUCACCUGAAUACGCCAUGGAAGGCCGCUUUUCAGAGAAAUCUGAUGUGUUCAGUUUCGGAGUAUUGUUGUUGGAGAUUGUUAGUGGGAGAAAGAACACAAGUUUCCACGAUGAUAUCCAUUCUUUAAGCCUUUUAGGAUAUGCAUGGAAAUUGUGGAAAGAAGAGAUCGUAUCUCCUUUAAUAGAUUCAACAAUCUCUGAUCCAAUCUUUCGAAACGAAAUUCUGAGAUGCAUACACAUAGGACUAUUGUGUGUUCAAGAAUUCGUCCAAGACAGGCCAAGUAUGUCUGCUGUAAUUUCCAUGCUAAACAGUGAGAUUUUAGAUCUUCCUGCACCAAAACAGCCUGGCUUCACUGGGAGACAAUUUACCACUGAUACAGAGUCUUCUCAACAGAAUCAAGAAAUAACAUGUUCUGUUAACAAAGUAACCAUUACAUGUGUGGAAGGAAGAUGAUAAUUAAUAGUUUCCAUUCUUCUUUUUUCUUCUUUCGUUUAAUUUAAUUAUUUUAAUGAUGUAUUACUAAGAAUAUAUACCUGUGAAUGCUGACAAAUUAACUUUGUUGUUGUCUUCUAGUUGUUAUGUUUUGUGUAUCUUUAAUGAUGUUUAUGUACCUGUGAAUAUAUACCUGUGAAUAUAUACCUGUGAAUAUAUAUUAGACAGUGGUAGUAUAAUCAAUAACCCAGAA